AUGCCUUCCAGAAAUACAACAAACAGAUCUAAAUUUUCCAUUCAAACUCACUCCUUCGUUAGUGGUUUUAUUUCAUGGCUAGACAAGACAUUGAAAAAUAAUAAAGAAAAGAAAAAUCUAACUAACAACUGGACAACGAAUUACGUCUUUUCAUUCAUUUCUUGUGAGUCUGUCGCAGUAGAACAAAGAAAUUUUGAGGCUCACUGA